GUCGUGAUUGUUGAGUGGCGGUGGCCUGGUACUCACAGUGGGCGGCGGCGCGGCUGUUGUGUUGACAUUCUCAGCCUCACGCGGCGGCCCUUGCCUCAGGUUCCGGUCAGCAGAUAAGCAUCAGUAAAACGCUUCCGGCGGGAGUUUUAGAGUCUCACAGGAGGUUAGUAAGUGGUAGAAGACCCUACCCUCGUGCUGAAGAACCUGUCACCCGAGGGAAGGUAGCAGCAGUAAUUUGGAAGUACUCUUGGCCUAUGAUUCUUGAGUCCAUAAUAUCAAAAGAAAAAAAUGGCAGCAAUGACAGCAAGCGUACUCAACAACUUUGCGGACUUGGUGAUGUCGCUGCCAAUGCCUUCCUUAGAGGCAACCAUAAAACAAAAUCCAGCCGUCAUUGAUACAACAGGAUAUGAUGGGAGAACAGCUCUUCAAAAAGCUGUGAUGGUUGGGAACCUGCCUGUUGUGAGGCUGCUGCUACAGUAUGGAAGUGAUCCAAAUGUCAGGGCACAAUCAGGAGAGACAGCUGUGCAUGUAGCCUGCUGUAGAGGUCUGCUAAACAUGGUUGUGGUGCUGCUGAAGCAUGGAGGUGAUCCCAUGGUGACCGAUGGUGCUGGGAGGGUCGCCAUCCACUGCGCUGCUAUUGCUGGUUCCCCAUUGUUGGUGCAGUACUUGGCAGAGGUGUGUGAAGUCAAUCUUGAAGCUGAAGAUGCCCAUGGCUGCACUCCUCUCCACAUAGCUGCCUCCUGCGGACACCUCUCACUAGUGGAAUACCUCGUCAAGACUAAAAAAGUAAACAGAACCAAGGUGGAUUCUGAAGGCAAUACAGUGCUGCAUUCUGGUGCUGCUGGAGGAGUGUCUGGGGUAUGCUGGGCAUUGGUGUAUCCUGGAGCUGAGCAUCUCCUCACCACCUCCAAUGCAGCUGGCCUCACCCCAGCCCAGGUGGCGCAUGCAUCCAUCUCUGUCUCUCCUGACUGCCGGCGGUGGAUUGAUAGGUGGACUAGACAGUAUGAGCAAAGUAAAGCACUAGAGUCUCCAUGCUGGCCUUGGUUAAUCCAGCUCUUCACGCCAUUCACAAUAUUCUAUACAGGAAUUCUUCUGUGUGUUUUUAUGCUGCCUCACCACCAGUGGAUGACAGGACUACCAGUAUUCCUAGUGGCCCUCACUGUAAUGGCCCGCCAGCAUCACCGACUCAAGCAUCCCAUCAGGUGGCCCAAUCCUAUAUACUUGGGAGCCUAUGGGGGUGGCCUCUUUUCCACACUGGUUUGUUACACAGUUCAUAUCAAAGCCCACCAGCAUGAGCCCCUCUUGGUGUCCUUCACCAUGUGGACCCUGAUGUUCAUCCAUAUGUUCAUUUUCUACAGAUUAGUCACAGGUGAUCCUGGCAUUGUUCGAGCAGAGGGACCUCUCCAGGAGGUGCUGAGAGGGGUUGGUGAGGGCAUUGUGAAGGGAUACUGUUCAGACUGCCAGCUGGCAUCACCUCCCUUGGCCCAUCACUGCCGCCUCUGUGUUGCAUGCCACCAUCAGACUGACCACCACUGCUUAUUCCUCAACACCUGCAUUGCAGCCAACAAUCACUGGUACUUUGUGGUGUUCAUCAUGACAAAUAUCUUCCUUAUGACUGGGUUCCUGAGUGGUGCAUACAGAGCCCAAGUGAUGCAAGGAGUACAAGGGGACUGGGUUGAUCAGUUCACAGCACACAUUGUGUACUUGCUGAAUGAGGAUAUAUGGACUGCCCUCAUGGUAAUAUGCAAUGGAGCUUCUCUAAUAUGGGCAUUUUACCUCCUAAAUGGCCAGUUUCAAGUGGUGGGCUCUCAGCAAACAACACUGUGCCGUCUUAAACUAGGCAAUCCUGUCAGCAAACCAACCUUAGGCGAGAAGGUGAAGAACUUUUGGACCUUUCUGCUUAGGGGCAGAGUCCCCCUUAGCAGUCAGGCUCACUACUUUAAUACAGUGUAGUAAUAUUCAUCACACUUCAUGGGAGAUGGAGUUGACAUGUUUGUUUCUUAUGAGAAGAGACACUCUUAGUAUUAGAAAUAUUAGUUUUAAUUUCAAAUAUUACUGUGACAGUGCAUUUAUCAUAUUUUUGUACAUUAAGAACUUUUAACAUUGUGUUAUUUAGAUUUCUCACAGUUUCUGUUAUAUCUCUAAAUUAAUGUGGAUCCAUUAUGAUUACAGAUCUAUUGGUCUGUAUUUUAUGCAGAUAGAGGUAAAAACUGAUCACACCAGUUCUUAACAUAAAAUGAAGUGCAUGAGUUAUAUUACAGGUUGCAAGAAUGCAUUGUUUCAUAGAAAAGUGUGUACAUUACAUUUAAGUGUGUCAAUAAACACCCAGCAAAAGAA